CUAUGCACACUCGAGAGCUCUUUCUUGCUGCCGCUCGUAAAUAUUUGUCCACGAGAAGGAAAUCUUUUUCCAUCCCUCAAAGUCUGGAUGUGGCUGCUCAGCUUUUGGCCGUUGAUUUGGCUUUGAAACCUGCUCUGCUGUAUGAUGCAAACAGCGCCAGCGGAGAGCAAGUGCAUCACUAUUUGCGCUCGUGUCAAUCGUCCCAGCUCGUGUCGGACUCCCUUAUCACCUUGGACUUGAAUGGUAACAGCCUCAUUGUUAACCCGGUUGCAACCCGGUCCAAUCUCGAGAAGGUGCUUCGCAACGGUGGCCCGGCUGUGAUCGACGUCAGCCACUCAUUAGAGAAGCCCGCCAUCAUAGAGUCAGUCAGAGCUGGGCUGAAGAACAUCGCACAAGAUCUCCUUUUUUGUCUCAGAGGGUUUGAUGCAGGAAAGGAUGUUGACAAAAGUAUUUCUGUGGCACAUGGUUCAGAUGAGUGGAACCUGAGCGCUGUCUUCGGACUGUUACUGGGUUACCCUGCCAUCUACUGGUUUGAGCAGAGUGAGAGCUUUGAAAACUGCCUCUCUAUGACCCCCUUGACAGUGACCAAGGCAACUGCAACAUGGGCGGCAGAUGCAACCAGCCAUAAAAGUUGCCUGUACUCAUUUAGCAUCCCGGCCAUCCUACAAAAUGAGUCACUAUCCAGUCUGGAGGAGUGGAAGCUUGGCCUUCAAGAGAGAUUCCAAGAGCAAAAUAUCCUAAAAGAACUCAAUGUCUGUCAGUCUGCAGUCACUCUACCAUCAGUCUGUUUGUAACUCAACAUCAUGUUUUAUUCAUGACUCCAUUAAACUGUUUAAAAUGAAUAAAAA